AUGAUUGUGUUGUUUCUCCUCUUGGAUGGUAUCACAUCUAACAAAGUGGCAAAUUCUCUAAUUCGAGAUUCUUGCAAGAGAGCUGCAAAAAUAAAAGAGAAACAUUUCUACAAGUUUUGUCUCAUGUCUAUCAAUGAAAACCCCGAGAGUCAGAAAGCGAGGAAUGUCGAUGAUUUGAUCAUAGUAGGAGUGCACAACGCUAUGUCAAACAUGACGAAAGUGAAAGGAGUUGUAGAAAAGAUUCUGAAAGAGAGAAAGUAUAAGAGUAAGUUGAGUGAGAAGUCGUUGCGCGAUUGCCUUCAGCUUUAUUCUGAGGGCAAUGAUUCGUUAACCAAAGCUUUGAAAAUGUAUUAA